UAGUACUCUUCCUCGCUCUACAACACAAUAACAUAACCAAAACCCGUAGCAGAGAAAACUCGGAAACUAGGUCAAGGCCAAAAAGGGAAAUGAAGAAAGCCGGAGCCGAGAAGAAGAGGGCCCGGCGAUCCUCCGCUGCUGUAAAAAACGGCACCAGCCGAGAUCCGACUACUGAUACUCCUCCUAGGAAACAAGCAAACAAGAAAGAUGUUUUCCAAUUAUUUGCUGAGAAAGUGAGAGAUCAUAAAGACUUGGUUUCCAGGUGGGCUGUGUUACAGGAAACCCGUGUUGAGUACUUUAGGGGAAAGGAUUUUGUUACUUUUUUGAGAAAUCAUCCAGAGCUCAAAGACAUCUUAGAAUCAGAUAGGCAUCUAGAAGUAGAAGAUAUCGUCAAUAUGCUGCUGAGCAAGAAUCUUUUAGUUCGUUGUGAUCGUGUGGUGAAAACAGUACGCCCUGGAAAGAGAAAAUUGUCAACGUGGCCAGCUCAUUUAGAGAUAUUUCCUGACCAGGAGUUCUCUGAUAAUGAUGCAUUUUUUGCAUGGACGUUUGUAAACAAGCGGCCACUAUGGCAAACACUUCUGUCAUUAUCCUGGCCUGUUUUGACUCUUGCGAUCUGCUUAUUCCCUGUGUAUCCCCACCAGGCAAAGCUGCUUAUACUCUACUCAUGUGCUGGGGUACUCCUCCUUAUACUUUGCCUGCUUUUGGUGAGGGCAUUGAUAUUUGGUGCGUCAUGGAUUUUACUUGGGAGGCGAAUCUGGAUAUUCCCGAACAUCCUUGCUGAGGAAGCUACACUGCGAGAACUAUUCCGUUUUUGGCCCAAGAAAGACGAGGAGGAGAAACCGAAGUUAACAGCAAGGUUCUUCUAUGCAAUUGUGGCUGUUCUAGCAAUAUUACUUUUGAGGCAUCAUGCCCCUGAUGAGGCUGCUAGGGCCAGGUAUCAAAGGCGGGUGUCGAACAUUAUUGAUGAUGUUCUCGAGUGGGACCCACGAUUGGCUUUGUCGGGUAUGAUGGAUAGUAUGCAAUCGGAAGUGAACGGGACUGAAAGCAGCAACAAUGGUACGAGCAAUGAAUAUGGAGGUGGAGGUAAGAGUGAGGUUGAGGAUGUUACAGAUGAGAAAGAUCUGUACAAUGAUGAUGAUAAUUAAUAUUUUAUAGGAAGAAAUGUAAACAACAGAAGAGCACAAGAAGUUUUUGAAAAUCCCAUAUUAUGUAUUUGCUUCCAUAUGAUGACGAGAGUGUAGAAUGGAAUCUCUAUGAUUCAACUUUUAUAAUAAAUCCCAAGUGCUUACAAAAAUUCUCUCA